CCAGCACAUCCUCUCGUGCACCGGCUGGCUCCCUGGGUGGCCCUGAGCCUGCAGGCUCCACCCAUGCCACCUUGCGCCAGCCCCACCACCUGCAAUUGGGCCACACCUCCCCCAGCUGCCCCUCCUCUCUGGGCCUCCACCUUCCCAUCCCCACCGCUCCACCUUAGCCCUCAGCCACCUUUGCCCGUCACCCUCUCUGCCUACACUUCUCCUCUCCCCUCAUUUCUCAGCUCUGCUCAGGCCCUGACUUCUCCUUGGCUUCACAGUGCCCAAGGCUGAGACCCCCGCCAUGGCCAGCCCCGGGAAGCCUGGGGCUGGGGAGAACCAGGAGGAGGAGGGGUGGGACAAGGGGCACGCCCCAGGGCCACUGGCAGCGACACUGGAGCAGGCCCAGGAGCUGUUUCUGCUGUGCGACAAGGAGGCCAAGGGCUUCAUCACCCGGCACGACCUGCAGGUGAGCCCCCAGCUCCAAGAGGCCUCCCACCCCAGGGCUGACCUUGGCUACUCAGCCUUGCCAUCCUCGCCCGGCCAGGGCCUGCAGAGCGACCUGCCCCUCACGCCCGAACAGCUGGAGGCUGUGUUCGAAAGUCUGGACCAGGCGCACACCGGCUUCCUCACCGCUCGGGAGUUCUGCCUUGGCCUGGGGAAGUUGGUGGGGGUGGAGCCUGCCCCGGGUGCUCUGCCCUCCCAGGCUCCUCGGGCUCCAGAGGAAACCUUCGAGGCGGGCUGGUCGGAUGUGCGAGGCCCCCGGGGCUCCCUGGAGGAGGAGGACGAGGAGAGAUUCUGCUCUGCGCUGGAGCAGCUGGGGGUGGCCCGGGUCCUGGGCGAGCAGCGGGCAAUUCGGACGCUCUGGACCCAGCUGCAGCGUGAGCGACCCGAACUGCUGGGCUCCUUCGAGGACGUUCUGAUGCAGGCGUCGGCCUGCCUGGAGGAAGCGGCCCGAGAGCGGGAGGUCCUGGAGCAGGCGCUGCGGCGGCGGGAGAGCGAGCACGAGAGGGCGGUGCGAUGUCUGUACGAAGAUAUGGAGCGGCAGCUUGGCGAGCAGCGCCGGCGCCUGCGGAGUCAGGACGUCCCCCGGGAGGAGCGGAGAAGCCGCCUAGAGCUGGAGCUGCAGAGUCGCGAGCAGGAGCUGGAACGCGCGGGGCUGCGGCAGCGGGAGUUGGAACAGCAGCUGCAGGCCCGGACCACCGAGCAGCUGGAGGCGCAGGCGCAGAACGCCCAGCUGUGGCUGGCCAACGAGGCGCUGCGGGCGCAACUGGAAGGGGUGCAAGAGCAGCUCCGCAGACUGGAGAGCGACUUGCUGGGCCGUCAGGAGCAAACCCAACGGUGCUGGGGGGCGGGGCUGGGGUUGGGCCCUCAGGGGCGGACUCCGAGAAGGGUCGCGCUUGGAGCCCAGGGCUUCCAUCCCACCCCGUCCCAGCCCCGCCUCCAGGGUCUCCGUGGGGCAGGGUCCUCCAGGGGUUCGUGGGGCACCCCGAGGAGCCUCCCUGCACCCAAAUCACCACCUCCGUCCUGCAGAGACGUGGUCGCGGUCUCGAGGAACAUGCAGAAAGAGAAGCUCAGCCUCCUGCGGCAACUGGAACUGCUCAGGGAGCUGAACACGAGGCUACGAGACGAGAGGGACGUCUGUGAGGCCGAGCGGCUGGGCAGUGGCCGCAGGAAGGCUCUGACCACGGCCCCCCUGCUGGGGCCCACCUGCUGCUGUUCCUGCUGUUGUAGUAGCUGGGCUCGCCCCCCCAGACGUGGCUCUGGCCACCUUCCCAGUGCCCGCUGACCAGCCCGAGUGACUCACUGGGCGUUACUUGGUUACUCGGAGAAGCUGCCCCUUGAAGGCGACUCCUCGUGGCUGGGGGCUGCCCAUCCUGGCUGUGGGUUCUACCCAGUAGGUUGCCUGGCCUGCCUGACUUGCAGACGUGAAGGAACUAAUGCUGGGUGGUCAGGGUCUCACCGUGCCUCCCUGCCGGUCCUCACCCUACCCCCAUCCCAUCAAAACCAGCAAAAAACUCCCUCUUCCAAAUAAAGUCCACUGACUUCGA